CUUAUUUGGAUUGUAGAUUACAGUAGCUGUAACCACCUGUGUUGUGUAUAAAGGACUUGAAGAUUACGCCUACUCACAUUUGAUUGACAGUUGAGGAGAGAAACAGAGACCAAUCAUAAUUAAAGCAUCCCUUGUCAUUUUUAUGGUGAUAUAUUAAAAGUGAAGUACCGUAAGAAAUUAGAAUGCCACCAACAGCAGAUACGAUAACAGUUCCGAUAUCUCACUCCCCACACUUACCAAAGAGACCACAGACUGUCUGUCCAGCCUAUGUGGCCACCAGGAAUGCAUUAAGAGAACGUGCUAAGAUGAAGAUGAAAAUGCAGUCACAGGAUUUAUUAGUGAAAGUUCAUAGUGAGAGACAGUUUGAUUUUUUCUAUAAAGAACCAUGUUUGUAUAGUCACAAAGUUUAUGUCAAUGGUGCCAAAGUGUUUGAAACUCUUAGACAUGACUCAAAAGAGGAAAGAAGUAAUCCAAUAUUACAGAAAAAGAUUCAACAAACAUUGUCACAAAGAGUUAAGGAUAUACCUCAGCUAAAUUUCGAAGAUGAUCAAGAAAAAAGAUUGACCUUUGAACUUGCAUUUACUGCUCUUAAAUUUCAAGGCUUGUUUGAAGACGUAUUGGAUGACUGUGCCUUCUUUGUGACAUAUCCAGAGCAUAUGGAAGAUCUUGGUUUAGUAAUGGUUAUAUUAUGUGAUUACCAAACUAGAAAAUUUCAACGUAGAACUCCAUUCACAAAUGAAGUUCUGAAUUCUGUAGCAACAGAUGUUGAAGAUGCCAUUUCUGAUUGUAAAACCAAAUUAAAUGCUGCCCUUGCACGACACAGAAUAAAAGCCUCAGCCCCAUCAAUAGAAUACCUGUUACCAGAAACUGUAAGAAGUAAAGAAGCAAUAGGCUCUAAGCAACCAGUGUAUACAUGGGUCAACCAAAUAAAAACAAGUAUAUCAGAAGUAGUAGACCAGUUUAAAGAGGAAGGUUUUACAUUGGUUAACAGUGAAGAGAAGUUAGUAGACAAACAGUUUGCAAUGGACCCAUUGUGUAGUGACGUAUUAAUGUUUCCUGGAGAAUAUAGAGAAGAUCUGGUAGAUCAUGAUCUUUAUCUAGGAGGCAAAAUUGUUAUACAGGAUAAAUCAAGUUGUAUAGCACCACAUUCUAUCAAACAUUUACUUGGAGAUGACAGUGAUCUCAUACAUGUAAACAUAGGAUCUGGUCUCACCACAGCACAUAUAGCCAGUCUCCUCAAUAAUAGCAAUAAUCAUGGAUGGGCAUUUGGUGCAAAAUCUACUACAGAAUCAAAAGCAAUACAAGCACAAUUUGAGAAAUGUGGAAUAAAAGGAAUCAAGGUGCCAACAGAUUCCUUUCUAGAUAUAGAUCAUGAUGACUCCAAGUACAAGAAUGUGAGAGUGAUACUGGUCACAGCAGACUGUAGCAGGUCUGGUGUCACUAAUCCUGUAGAUUUUAUUGUCAAUGAAGGAGAAGACAUGAAAAUAUUAAAAGACAUGGCAACAGGGGAUGUUAAUAUGGCUAGAAUAACAGAACUUAGUACUGCACACAUGAAUGUAAUGAAACAUGCUAUGAAAUUUUCCAAGGUGCAAGCAGUUGUAUACAUGACCAGAUCUAUUCAUGAGGCAGAAAAUGAAAAUGUUGUUGUCAAAUCAGUGGAAUAUACAAAUAUGGUACAACAGAGGAAAUUCCCUUGGAGAGUUGUUCCCCCUGUGUUACCAUUCUCUGGAGAAGAGAUAGAAAAGAAAAUAGGGAUCAUUGGCAAAUACAUUAAGUUCCAUCCAACAGAGAAAUCCAGUGGUUGUUUUGUUGCUGUCGUUACUAGAGAGCCAGAAGAUGCUAAAGAAGCAGCCAGAGAUGUUUUAGCAAGAGCCCAAGCUAGAGGUCUACUACCAUCUAAGAAAUCAAAAGAAAAACUUGUUAAUUCAGAAAUGACAAAUGGUGAAGUAGAUCAUAUCCCAAAUGGCCAUGAUGCUGAGGCUGAACCAAAACUGCUUCCUAAACGGGGUAAAAAAGGGGCAAGAAAGCUUCCUGUGCACCAUGCUUCUUCUACGCCGCACCCUAAAGCUUAUGUAAAACCACAGGGAGUUAGUCCUGUGGCUAGUUAUAUAAAUGCUGCCAUGAAAUGGCGACGCCAUUCAGCUAGCACAAAAUCUACCGUAUCUGGAACCUCUGUAGGAUCUCGACUUUAUCAGUCUCAAACUAAAGUGUUCACCGAUCAAAAACUCGAUAAAACCAAAAAGAGAAAAACUACAAAGAGAACCAAAAGGAAGAAUACGCCAUGAGCAGAUUCUUAAUCAUCUAGUACAUUGUAAAAAAUGUACAUGUAUUAUGCAUAGACCUCCACCCAGUCUGGAAGGCAGUAAAAGUUCUACAAGUAGCACUCGAAAGGCCUUCACAUCAUAGAUAAUGCAUAUAAUGCAUACAAAGACAUAAUCUGAGACUGGGAGAUUGUAAAAGUUAUACUGUUAUUGAAUAAUUUAUUGAAUUCAUUUUGACUUUGUAUGUCGGUAGAAAAUGACGAUAUCCCUAUAAUCAGAAUUCGUCUUUGAUAAUACUUCUAAUGAUUUUAUUAUCAUUUUUAUUUACAAGUGUAACAGUAGGUGUUAAUUAAUGGGGAAAAAAGUUGAUUUUUAUCAGCUGAUAAAAAGUAUAUGUUUAAAAAGUAAACCAUCAAUUUUGUUGACUUUUAGAUGGAAUUGUUAUUUUAUUUUAAGUGUUUCACAACCUUUAGGAUUUUCACCAUUUUCAAAUAAAUGGGCCUUUCCUAUUACAGUUUAGUCUGUGUAAUAUAGGGUUGGAAGUAAAUACAAUUCUGAUACAAAUGAAAAUAAGAAUUAGGGGUGGUAGGGUAUAAAAAAAAGUGUUGUCCAACCCCUCAUACAUUUUACCUGUAAGAACCAUCAGGUUGUCAUGGGUGGAAUACUUUUGUUUGCAAAUAUGCAAUGUUUGCAAAGGAUGUUUUUGAAAUGGUGAAUUGGCACGAUUGUAGAAUGAUCAAGAACAGUAUAAUACAUUGUUAAGUGAUACAUUGUUUUUAUUUAUAUAUUCUGUAUUUUUUUCAAAGAAUUGGUUGUAUGUAAUUACAGAAAACUUAUUUUAAAUAACAAAAGAAAAUUGUUUAAAUCCAUUAAGCUAUCAGUAUUGAUAACAAUUGAGUUUAUGUAUUUUUAAUAUUGUUUUAUAUUCUGUGUAUUAAACAAAAGGUUUGACUGUGAUAUUUAUAAAUGUGAUAGUCUUACAGCUUGGUAAAUUAGUGCUUUAUUGUUCAGAUUACUUAUGUGCAUAUCAACAUUUCAUUCAUUUAUAUAUAUCAUAUCAAUCAAUACAUACACAUAGCAAUGUUACAUUUAAUUAUUCAUAAGCUGUAUUUUAUGUACCAUUUUGCAUUUCACAUGUGUAAAACAUGACUACAGUACAUCUGAUUAAACUUUAUUAAAGUCAUCUUAUUUGAAGAAAUAGAAAGUAAACUAUAAUUUGAAGAAAAGUACUCUUUAAUGUGGAAAUAUAAUUAUACAUUUUUAUAGGUUCGUUUUUGUCUAGAGUGUUUUCUUAGACAAAUUUCAGUAGAACAGGCAAUGCAUUUGAGGGGGGCAAAACUAUACAUCCUAAUGUUUAGAGGUAAUCAUUUUUUUAUGUGUUUUUCAUGGAAGAAUUUGAAAGAGAAUUGAACCCAAUGAAAACAGACUGUUGAUGAAUUAGUGGGCAUUAUUUUCAUUUUCUUUUCAAAUUCUGGACAAACUACUUUUAAACUUUAACUGUCCGUUAAGAGGAUUUUUUAUAUAUUUGUAUGAGACAUGACUGACCUGCGCUAAGAAAACCUUGACUGCAGUCAGUAUUUCUUAAGGUAUCACAACAGUUUGUAAUUGUAAGUUUUUUUAUGAUUAAUGAAUCGUUAAGUUUAUUAUUAUUAUUUUAUAUACUUAUUGACACAUCCGUCCAUUUUACAAACAUGUACAAUAAAUAAUUGUAUCCAUCCAUUUUAAAAUCAGUGCUCUAUAUUUAUUUGUUAAUAGAAGUUCAAUGUUAAUAAAAUUAUAAACAAACA